CCCUUACCUACGCGUCCUACCAGAAUAGCGCUUAUACCGCCUUACGGAGCAAUCAGGUGGCACCAACUCCAAGAGGAGAAGAUCUCGACAGCAUCAUUUCAAGCGCAACAUGACAUCGAAGAGGUUCCGAUGUACUCUCAGCACUCCACACCGGGCUAUUAUAUUCAAACGAUAAUAAUGUGACACCUCAGAGGUCAGCCUUUACCUUCAAGGGCAUCUUACUAGGCUAAAGAUGAGUUUCACACUCCCCAAAAGCGAAUCGAGAUCCUCCGCACCGGCCAGGAGCGCGGCUCAGCCGCCCGAUCAUCCCGGAGUCCGGCGGAUACACCAUCAGCGCUCCGCGGCGGUGACAUCUGGAGCGGAGGCGGCGGAUUGCGAUGCGAGCUCGCGGAGACCCCUUUGUCACCCCUCACUGGUCGGUACUCGGAAUAGCGCAGAGAAGAGCCACCCACAACACUCCCACUCCCAUGGACACGCUCUUCCCACGGCUCACAGUCAGGAGGACCUGUCGGAGCUUCCAAGUGAAAGGGAGCGCAAGACAGCCAGGCGACACCACCAUCAUCAUCACCACCAUCACCACAACCGUCAUCAUCACCAUCACCAUCACCGCCACCGAUCCACCCGGGACGACCUGCCUCAGGAGCCCCGACCCAAGCACUCUCACGCCGCUCGCAUGCCCACCAGAACUCAGUCUUUCUCCGAGUCCAGGGACGAAACGGCUCUCUUUUUUGAAUCACCUCAACUGGCUCGACCGGGGUCUUCAUCGAGCAGAGAGGCGUGUCCAGCCUCCACCGCCUCAUCCUCGCCGGUGCCCGCAUCCUCCAGCCGCUCCUCCCGGAGAUCGGGGAGGUCCAGCGCAGCAUCUUCUGAAGCAGACUUCAACCUGCGGCCGUUCCUCAGCUCAGUGUUUGGACAGAAUCGAGAGUUGAGACCAGAGGAGAUUGAUGAGUUACGAGAAGCGUUUAAGGAGUUUGAUAAAGAUAAAGAUGGCUUUAUCAGCUGUAAAGACCUGGGGAACUGCAUGAGAACUAUGGGCUACAUGCCCACCGAGAUGGAACUAAUAGAACUGAGCCAACAAAUCAACAUGAACUUAGGUGGCCAUGUGGAUUUCGAGGACUUUGUAGGGUUGAUGGGACCUAAACUACUAGCAGAGACAGCAGACAUGAUUGGGAUAAAAGAGCUGAGAAAUGCUUUCAAAGAGUUUGACACAAAUGGAGAUGGCGAAAUAAGCACAGGAGAGCUAAGGGAAGCUAUGAGGAAGCUGCUGGGACAACAGGUUGGUCAUCGAGACCUAGAGGACAUACUGAGAGACAUUGACUUGAAUGGAGAUGGCCGAGUAGACUUUGAAGAGUUUGUGCGAAUGGUGUCCCGCUGAGAGGGCAGCGUUCAUAUGGUGUCUCCAACAGAAGAAAGUGAGAUGCUGCACUGCUUCCUGCUGGUCAAAGUAGACAGACUAUUAGACUAC